AUGGCCACAUUACAGCACCCACAUUGGGACAGUUCAGGACAAAAGGCCCUGAGAUUUCUAACACUGUAUCCUGAGAUGGGCCCUGAAGAUAAGUGCUUGACCUCAAAGGCCCAAGGUGACCUAGAUCUGGGAGAAAGAGGAGAAUCUGUCGAAGGUCUUCGAGAGAAUGAUUACCUUCUGAUUCAUUCCUGCCGACAGUGGACAACCAUCACAGCACAUAGCCUGGAGGAAGGUCACUAUGUCAUUGGGCCAAAGAUAGAAAUCCCUGUGCAUUAUGCAGGGCAGUUUAAGCUGCUGGAACAAGACCGGGAUAUUAAGGAACCAGUGCAGUAUUUUAACAGUGUGGAGGAGGUGGCGAAAGCAUUUCCUGAACGAGUUUACGUCAUGGAGGAAAUAACAUUCAACGUGAAGGUUGCUGCAGGAGAAUGUAAUGAAGACACAGAGGUUUACAACAUCACUCUUUGCACCGGGGAUGAACUCACUUUAAUGGGACAGGCAGAAAUCCUUUAUGCAAAGACAUACAAGGAGAAGUCACGAUUCAACACAAUCUUCAAAAAGAUUGGAAAACUCAAUUCCAUCGGCAAGCUGGGAAAAGGCAAAAUGCCGUGCCUCAUCUGCAUGAACCACAGGACCAACGAAAGCAUCAGCCUCCCAUUCCAGUGCAAGGGCCGAUUUAGUACCCGGAGCCCACUGGAGCUCCAGAUGCAAGAGGGUGAACACACCAUCCGCAACAUCGUGGAGAAGACCAGGCUGCCCGUCAAUGUAACCGUGCCAAGCCCUCCUCCCAGGAACCCCUACGACCUCCACUUCAUCCGUGAAGGUCACCGCUACAAGUUUGUGAACAUCCAGACCAAGACCGUGGUGGUAUGCUGUGUGCUCCGGGGCAACAAGGUCCUCCCGAUGCAUUUCCCUUUGCACUUGACUGUCCCCAAGUUUAGCCUCCCCGAGAACCUCAUGAAGGGAGACAUCUGGCCCGAUUCCCUGGUCCAGCACUGGCUCAGCAUCUGCCAGGAACAGUUCGACAUCGACGAGUACUCCCGCGCCGUCCGUGAUGUGAAGACAGACUGGAACGACGACUGUAAAAGCCCCAAAAAGAGCCGGUGUUCCAGUCACAACCACAUACCCAAUUCCCUCAGCUACGCCCGGGACGAGUUAACACAGUCUUUCCACCGGCUCUCCGUCUGCGUGUAUGGGAAUAACCUACAUGGCAACAGCGAAGUCAACCUGCACGGCUGCAGGGAUCUGGGGGGGGAGUGGACCCCCUUUUCUCAUGACACCCUGCAGUACCAGGACUCCGGCGACAGCGGCAGCGAUUACCUUUUCCCUGAGGUGGGCGACGAAUCUGUGUGUCUCUCCUCGAAGCCAGAACUCCCUUAUGAAGAGCUGUGGCUAGACCAAGGCAAGACAGACAGCCAACAACCCCUUACGGGUUCCUUGAGUGAAAAAGCCAAAUGUGAUAAUUACAGAAGCUCUAUUCGCUCCAAAUGUAGCACUUCUUCUCUCCCUGUUGCCGGGACGCUGGCGACCACAACGUCUUCAGAUGUGGCCCUACCUCCACCUCCAGUGCCUCCCAAAUCUGAAGCCGUUAGGGAAGAAUGCCGACUCCUGAAUGCACCCCCUGUUCCACCUAGAAGCGCAAAGCCUUCAUCUACAAGUCCCUCCGUUCCCCCUCGAUCAGCUAAACCAGUAAGGCAACAGACACGUUCUCCCAGCCCUACCUUGUCGUAUUAUUCUUCAGGGCUGCACAACAUCAGUGUCUCUGAGAAUGACCCAACAAGUCCCUCAGAAAGUGCUUCUGUUUCCUGCUAUCCCUGUAACAGGAUGAAGACCGAGUCUCUAGAACUUAACAGAUCUCCCUUCGGAAGCCCUCCCACUGAAACUCUGUCCUCUAGACUGUCAUGGCCGAGCCAUUUCUUGGGAGCAGCUGAGAGUGAGAACAGGAAUGACUUCCUAUUGGAUCCAAGCAGAAGUUAUAGUUACCCCAGGCAGAAGACACCGGGCACCCCAAAAAGAAACGGUCCAGCACCUUUUGAUUUUGAAGGGGGUGAGCUCUCAGCAGGCUCCACCCAGUCAGGUCCAGCAGAGUUCACUGGGGGGAUGUCUGGGUGUCCCAAGUCAGCCAGCUACUCCUUAGAGUGCACAGAUGAGAAGACCCUAGCUGCUAGCCCAGCCAAACAGAGUCACUCAUGCCCAGCCUUACCCCCAAGGGCACCCAAAUUAACUGAGGAGAAAACAGCCCCAGAAUCAUUUCCUUUGCCGCUGAAAAUUGAUGGUGCUGAGGAAGACCCCAAACCUGGCUCACCAGACCUCUUGGAGGAUCAGUAUUUUGUGAAAAAAGGCGCACAAGACAUUUUCUCCAUUUCUUACCCUUUUUCCUCACCCCUUCACCUCCAACUAGCUCCAAGGUCUUGUGGUGAUGGUUCCCCAUGGCAACCCCCCACUGACCUGUCAGGACUUUCUAUAGAGGAAGUGUCCAAAUCACUACGGUUCAUUGGUUUGUCAGAAGAUGUCAUCUCUUUCUUUGUUACUGAAAAAAUUGAUGGGAAUUUGCUUGUCCAGCUAACUGAAGAGAUCCUCUCAGAGGACUUCAAAUUGAGCAAACUCCAGGUGAAGAAAAUACUUCAAUUUAUUAAUGGCUGGAGGCCCAAGAUAUAACCCAAUAACCCAUGUGGCAUUGAAUAAAACUGAUGGAUUGAUGUGCUAGAAGGGAUAGGGCUUGGUAUAUAAUUUCAUUAUUAUUGUUAUUGUUGUUAUUAUUAUUAUUAUUAUUUUGCACUAAAACCCCUCUGUAAAUAGUGGUAGAAACUUUUACUAUGCAGAUUAAGUUUUUGGAUGAUGAACCAGGCUAUUUUGUACGUCAAUAAAAAUGCCGUAGAGAACACUUUAGAGUUGUGCCUUGUACAUCACUCAACACCCAGCAGCUGCUAAAAAAGAAAAGGGAAGCUAAGAUGUUUGUCCAGAUAGGUUUAUGCUAA